AUUGGCUACUUGAUAGCGAGUUGUGGAUAUUCGUUUUUGUACGCCGAGGCCUGGCCAACGCUGGACCCUAAAAACAGUGUUUUAUUUCGGUGAAGUAAAUAAGAAAGUUCCAGGCCUGGACCAGAGGCCAAGAUGGGGUCUCUUUGGAUGGGAGAUCUCACUCCAGACAUGUCUGUUAGUUUCAUUUCUGACGCUUUUGCUUUCUGUGGAGAGACCGUGAAGCAUGUCAGAAUCAUCUAUGACCGUGUUUCUGGACUCCCAACUGGGUAUGGUUUUGUUACCUUUAGUGAUCAAUUAACGGCUUUGGAUUGCAUGAAGAGACUGCAUGGACAAAUCAUUCCGAAUACGUCACCAACCAAGUUAUUUAAUCUGAGGCCUGCAUAUGCCGAAAAAGUGUUUGUCAGCAAGAUAAUACAAUUAAAGCCCAGUGAUCAGACGCAAACCAGUAAUGAGAGUAACCAAACACAUCUGCAAAAGGCCGAUAAUGACAAUAAUAUUACUGAAGAUCCUAUGUUGCGGUUGGAUGUACAAGAAGCCAAUAAACAAUUUAUGAAACAGAGCGAAGAGCUUUAUGAUGAUCUUAUGGACUGUCACUGGCUGCCUCUAGACUCUGCAACCUCCAAUAUCCCAUGAGGUGUGACCUUGGGAUCUGACAUUGAUGUCAUUACAAUCAGUAACAGACACUGUACCUGGAUUUUGUGGUCUUGUGACUUUAUAUCCUCAUGAAGACUGAAUGUGCCGUUAUGGAGACCACCCUGCUUGUGAUGAAGUUCAUGAAGGGCAUAACACUUGUGUAGACCAGUGUUUCUCAAUUCCAGUGCUUUGGACUCCUAACUGACCAGAUUUUCAUAUGUGAUGAGAUGUAAUAAUCAGUAGAUAAGUAAUGAUGGUUACUUAGCUUAUUUCACCCAUCAGCUGAUUAUUUCAAAUGCGCUCUAUUUCAGAUAUCAUGGAAAUCUGGCCUGUUAUGGGUCACUAGGACUGGAAUCAAGGAACACUGGUGUAGACAAUGAACUGGAUGAUUUUAUAAAAAAAUAUAUUUGAGGAACAACAUCAGAAGAAAUAUUGGAUUUUACCAGUAUAACGGGGCUCACAAUAGUACAUUUUUUUACCAUGGUCUAGUGUAUAUAAUUCUAAUCUUCAUGUAUGUAUGUUUGUGGUUAAACCUGUUUUUGAUAUGUCUAGGUUUUCCUUUUUAUAGAUUUGCUGACAUUCUUCUGUUACAUUUUGAAUAGUGUAACCACAGCACUCUGGAUAGGUUUUGGCUUUGAUGUCAACGUUAGUUAUUUUUCUUGACCAACUAUAAUGCCUUUUCUCUCUCCCAUUUUUUUUUUUUUUUUUUUUUUGGGGGGGGGGAGGAUUUUUGUUUCGUGUCUAAAAUUGGUUGAACAUAUGUAUAAAUAAUCAAAAAUUAAAAGGAUAUGUAUUCCUUUGCA